UCUCACUCUACUCUGCGCUUAAGCUUCACCUUCAUUUCACUUUUAGAUUUCUUCUUUGCUUCUUCUUCACUUCUUCUUCUUCACUUUCUUCGACACAUGAGAGGAGAUCUUAGCUCCUCCUCGCCUCCUGUUACUUGUAGUCUAUGUUAUGGAGAGUCCAGAUUUUUCACCGCCUCACUUGGACGCAUCUCGACCGUCCCUUGGCUUCCCUCUUGGUACUGCCUUGCUCUUGAUCAUCAUCUUCACUUUGAGUGGUAUCUUCUCUUGCUGCUAUCACUGGGAUAAGCUCAGAUCACUCCGUCGUUCUUUCUCCGACGAACCUGAACCGCAGGAUGACAUAGAGGCUUCACCUUCCAAAUCUGCUCCUCAUCAAACGGGUUUGAAGCAAAAUCAAAGCCAAAGUUUGCCGGUUCUAAUGCCUGGAGAUCAGAUUCCGAAAUUUAUAGCAUUGCCAUGUCCGUGUGAACCGCCGCGAGAGGAGAAAGUUGUCGUCAGAGUGCAUAGGCCGCCGCCGCCGCCGCCUAAAAUGCCGAGAUUGCCGGUGCCUUUGUUUUAGCACUUGAUUUACCCAUUUUAUGUACAUAGAACAGUGGGGAAUUAAUUCUGUUUUAAAUUAUAAUUUUUCCAGUUUUCAAAAUUGAGAAAAUUAAAAAAAUUAUAGUAAUAAAAAGAAGAAGAGUAGGCUAUUAGCUUGAUUGCCAUCCCCAUUAGAGUAGAUAAUUUGUAUACAGCUACUGCUGCUUGUAAUCUUUCUCUUACAAGGAGAAUUUUACAUUGAAAAAAAAAAAAAAAAAGAAAUUGGGUUUUUUUUGGACA